AUGUCUCAGAUGGAAGCCAUGAACUACGUGGGGCAGCUGGCGGAGACGGUAUUUGGGACGGUGAAAGAGCUGUACCGGGGACUGAACCCAGCCACGCUGAGUGGGGGCAUCGAUGUGCUGGUGGUGAAACAGGCCGAUGGUUCCUUCCGGUGUUCACCUUUCCACGUGCGCUUCGGCAAGCUGGGUGUGCUGCGGUCCCGGGAGAAGGUGGUGGACAUCGAGAUCAAUGGGGAGCCGGUGGACUUGCACAUGAAGCUGGGGGACAGUGGCGAGGCCUUCUUUGUUCAGGAGCUGGACAGUGAUGAGGAAGAUGUGCCUCCCCGCCUGUGUACCUCACCCCUCCCGUGGGGGACCCUUUCUGACUGGGACUCCCAGCCUGGCACAGCUGGCAAGCCUGAGGGCCUCCUGGUGGCGGGUGCGGCCUCAGUGGGGCGGAGGAGGCGGCGGCGCAGGAGGAAAGCCAGGCGGAAGGAGGAUGCAGCGGUGAAUUCGAGCUCGGAAGAAGUAGAGGCGGGUGCAGAGAGUGAGCCGGCUGUGCUGGCAGCGCCCCGGCCAGAGCCUGCAGGCAGUGUCUGCUCGGAAGGGGAGUCCUCGCCACAGCCUGGAGACAUCUACCCCUACUCGGAUGGCGAGUGGGCCCCACAGGCCAGCCUCGCUUCAGAGGGACUAGAGUCUCCUAAGAGUGACUCGGAGCUAGAACUGCGAGCCCUGGAGCCCAGCUCCCUGCGAGCCGAGUCGUACAUGCAGUGGGCCUGGGGGAGGCUGCCCAAGGUGGCCAAAGCAGAACGGCCUGAGUCUGCGAUCAUUCUGGAAGGUGGCAUGGAGCUAGCUUCUCCUCUUCAGAGAGGAACCAGCCCCUCUUCCUCCUGUGGGCCAGGGGAGGACCCUCCAGGACCCCCAACCCCACAAGCAGAGGCUGGUGCUGACUUGCCUGGUACACAGUCCCGUGAGAGGGGGACUGUGUUGGGUCCCCCUCUCACCAUCCUAGAGAGUGAGAAAAGUGGGACUCUGAGCUUUGGGGGUGCAGCCCUCCCUGUGGCCUCUAAAUCCUGGAGCUGGACCACUCAGGAGAAGCCAGUUGUCACCAGGCAGCCAGAAGGAUGCUCCAGGGAGACAGGUUCCCUGAAGAAAAGCCAGCACCUGGGCCCCAGCGACAUCUACCUGGACGACUUGCCCUCCCUGGACUCUGAGGAUGCAGCCCUCUACUUCCCCAACAGUGACUGUGAGCUGGGGGCGAGAAGAUGGAGUGAACCCAGCAGCCAGAAGCUCCCGAGGGACCCCAUCCCUGAACCCACUGCCAAUGCAGCAGACACCAUAGCACUGUCCCUCUGUGGUGGCCUGGCUCAUAGCCGAGACAUCUCCACGGAGAAGUUCAACCAGCACCUCGUCUCCUACCAGGACCUCGUCACAAACCCUGGGCUUCUAGAGGACCCGAACCUGGUGGUGAAAGUCAAUGAGAAGUACUAUAACUGGGCUGUGGCUGCCCCCAUGCUUCUCUCCUUACAAGCCUUCCAGAAGAAUUUGCCCAAGAGCACUGUGGACAAGCUCGAGAAGGAGAAGAUGCCACGCAAGGGUGGGCGAUGGUGGUUUUCCUGGCGACGCAGGGACUUCCCAGUGGAGGAGCCCAGUGCCCAGAGGGAGAGAACCACAGGCAAGGAGCCCGAGGGGGAGACGACCAAAGCCCUGAGCAGUGAGGAUGAUGAUGGCGGGCGCCCAGACAGCCCUGUGAUCCUCGAGGCCCUCACCCCACCACCGGGGUCUCCUGUCUACAUGCCCACCUACAAGAAGUCCCUCCGCCUCUCUUCCUCUCAGAUCCGGCGCCUGAACCUGCAAGAAGGGGCCAAUGAUGUGGUGUUCAGCGUGACCACACAGUACCAGGGCACCUGCCGCUGCAAGGCCACCAUCUACCUGUGGAAAUGGAACGACAAAGUGGUCAUCUCCGACAUCGACGGCACCAUCACUAAGUCGGAUGCUCUGGGCCACAUCCUGCCUCAACUAGGGAAGGACUGGACUCACCAGGGCAUCACCAGUCUCUACCAUAAAAUCCACCUGAACGGGUACAAGUUCCUGUACUGCUCUGCACGGGCCAUCGGCAUGGCUAACCUCACCAAGGGCUACCUGCAGUGGGUGAACGAGAGGGGCUGUGGCCUCCCCAGGGGCCCCAUCCUGCUGUCUCCCAGCAGCCUGUUCUCCGCCCUCCAUAGGGAGGUAAUUGAGAAGAAGCCAGAAACAUUCAAGAUUGCCUGCCUGAGCGACAUCCAGCAGCUGUUUCUGCCCCAAACACAGCCCUUCCACGCUGCCUUUGGGAACAGACCCAAUGAUAUCUUGGCCUACCGCCAAGUGGGCCUACCAGAAGCACGCAUCUUUACUGUCAACCCCCGGGGAGAGCUUAUCCAGGAGUUGUUGAAGAAUCACAAAUCCACGUACCAGCGGCUUAGCGAGGCAGUGGAGUUUCUCUUCCCACCGGUGGCCCGGGGCCCCAGCAUGGACCUGGCCCACCCCGAGUACAGCAGCUUCUGCUACUGGCGGGAGCCACUGCCUGCUGCAGACCUUAACGCCCUGGCCUGA